AUGCCCUUUUUGUGUUGUGGUGGUUCCACCGAGGAAAAUGUUGUCACCGAGGAUGGGGCUGGCAGAGGCGUACCAGGAGACGCCUCGCCCCCCGUAAUUGCGGAGGGUGACGAGGAAAAAGAAAAAGCCAUUGCGGAAUCCAUCUACCACGAUGCCAGACAAUCUCUCACCAUGUCCAUGGUGUACCGUCCCCUCAAUGUCAGCCUUAUGCGCUCCAAUUUUUCUCUGGACACGAAACCCCAAGAGCUCCUGAUGAAAAAUAAUGCAGCCGCCAAGCAGGGUGUUACCGACUCGGUAGUAGUACGACAAGGCCUGGAGCAACAACCCGCUUCUUCAGGGUUUCAAGCUAAUCCAGGAUAUCCCGGUUCGCUGACUGACAAAGAAUUGGAAGCCUGUCUGGAAUUCCGAAAGUUCAUUAGAGACAAACGACCCGAGGAACCAACCUACUACGAGAUUGUCCACUGUUAUGACGACUUUGAAGAUGAAGCUUUUUCUCUUUGUCGCAUCAUGAGAGCACGCAAUUUUGUGGUUCAAGAUGCUGUCACACUUCUAGGUGGAAGCAUUGAAACUUGGGGUGAAGCACGAGCUCACAACUUUUAUCCGGAUCUUCAACAAGCAAUGGGUUGUCCCGCAUCCAUUGUGCCCACUGAACUACCCCUUAUUCCGUCGGGUAUUGCUAAAAAUGGAUCCAUGGUGGCAUACUUCAAGGCCGGAUCCAUCGACUUGAAGUUUCUCGAUUGUCUGACUGACCUUGACAACUUCAUUAGUUUCAUCUGGAACACAUUCACCCAUCGAUUCCGUGAGAUGGCCGUCCAAGCUCAAAAGGAGUUCCCCAACACUACAAUCCUCGGAGAAGUCACUAUUGUCAUUGAUCUCAAAGGCAUCUCCAGGUCCUUGUUCACCGAAAAGGUCAUGGAAGUUCUCAAAAAGGCCAUCAAAGUACUCAAUUGUUUCCCCGAAGCACUCUCAAAGCUGAUCAUCUUCAAUGCUCCCUUCUUUUUCUCUGCCAUUUGGUUGGUGUUGAAGGUUUUCUUGGAUCCCCGAACCAUCCAAAAGGUCGACAUUUUUGCCUACGAGAGCAGUGGCAUGAAAUGUAUUGCCGAACACAUUGAUUCAACACAGCUGAUUGCGGACUACGGUGGUAAGGGUCCUUCGUGCCAAGACAUUUUGCACCAACUACGCGAGAAAGGAACCCUUCGAGAAGUGGUCGAACGAUUCAUGAUAAACUCACGCGGCAACAAAUCGUGGGACGUGGAGCUGGCAGCCAAUGAAAAGGCCACCGUCUCGGUACUCACAAGGUCCAGCGGCGGAGUACAAUUUACAAUCGAAAAGUCAGGAGAAAAGGUCGGCGACGUAGUCGUGGAGCCCGAUGGGGGUGGAAGCGGUGCCUACACCAAGACUAUAGUGUCGGGAGUGGCUGGCCCGGGAAAGUUGACUGUGGCUGCCAAUUCCAGCAGCUCGCAUACAGAGUACUUUCUGGUGGUAGUCCGGGUAUACCCUGCGUAG